CAGUGAAUGCAGUGGGGUUUGUGCGUGCGAGUGAGUGUGUUUUGCUUGUGGAAUGUGGGAGUUGUCCCCACGCGCUUUACGAACAACCGACCUGUCCAAACAGUGCGCGCGUGGCAGAGGAUGUCACACCAACCAAAACAGCGGACGCUCUCUCACAGCACAGUCUUUGAUCCGUUAUUGGAGGAAAAUCCGCUGUACAGGGUAGAGUCGGGGCGGGGCGUAAUUACACGGAGUCCCAUCUAUUUAGGGUCAAGUACAACAUUUUUACAGUCCUAACCAGCGUGGGUUCAAAGUUUGUUUUGUGCCUGGAAACUGCGAAUCACCCACAGGGCGCGGAGGAAGUGCUUUCAGAAUCGACCGAUAUUUUUUAUCGUAUUAUUUUGUCUUUAGUUAAUCCCCAGACUCGCGAUCAAAUCUGUACGGGAUGGAUUGCAAAGAUGCGAUAGCCAGCGUAAUUCGUUAGCAUCUCGUCGACUAGCUCCUCCAGAGGCUCGACCGCGAGUACGGGGCUGCGGUGCGGCUGGACGCGGAGCGAGGCGACCCUCUGCGGGGCUGCGCUGCCGAGGCGGUGGGCGUGUUUUCUCGGCGUGCUAGCAUGUGAGCUGGCGCCAAGUUCUCGGCGUGAAAAAUAAAAAAAACAAGACUUACAAGUUACGGGCUGAAGAGAAGCAGCACAAGUCACAUCUCGCUUGAUUGGAAAAGUUGCACGCAGUGAUGGAGUCAGCCGUUAGUACAUCCACUCAAGUGCCAGAUGAGUUUGACCGUAAUGUUCCACGGAUCUGUGGUGUGUGUGGAGACAAAGCCACUGGCUUUCAUUUUAAUGCAAUGACCUGCGAGGGCUGCAAAGGCUUCUUCAGGCGCAGUAUGAAGCGGAAGGCCAGUUUUACCUGUCCCUUUAAUGGAAGCUGCACCAUCACUAAAGAUAACCGUCGCCACUGCCAGGCCUGCAGACUCAAGCGUUGCCUGGAUAUUGGCAUGAUGAAAGAGUUUAUAUUGACGGAUGAGGAAGUUCAGAGGAAAAAGGAGCUGAUCCAGAGGAGAAAGGAUGAAGAGGCGCAGAAGGAGGCGCAGAAGCCCCGGCUUUCAGAGGAGCAGCGCAGCAUCAUUGAUACGCUGGUGGAUGCGCAUCACAAAACCUAUGAUGAUUCCUACUCUGACUUCUCACGCUUCAGACCUCCAGUUAGAGAGGGUCCAGUUACACGUAGUGCCAGCCGAGCCGCGUCUCUUCAUUCACUAUCAGAUGCCUCAUCAGACUCCUUCAGCCACUCUCCAGAGUCAGGAGAUCGUAAGAUGAAUCUGAGUAAUCUGUUGAUGAUGUAUCAGGAGCAGGGUUUGAGCUCCAGUCCAGACUCAAAGGAGGAUGAGGGCACUGGUCUUUCCAUGCUUCCUCACCUGGCUGACCUUGUUUCCUACAGCAUUCAGAAGGUCAUUGGCUUUGCCAAGAUGAUUCCAGGAUUCAGAGAGCUGACAGCUGAAGAUCAGAUUGCUUUGCUCAAGUCCAGUGCUAUAGAAGUGAUCAUGCUCAGGUCCAACCAGUCUUUCAGUCUGGAGGACAUGAGCUGGAGCUGUGGAGGACCCGAGUUUAAAUACUGUGUGAAUGAUGUCACGAAAGCUGGACACACUCUGGAUCUGUUAGAGCCUCUGGUGAAGUUUCAGGUGGGCUUGAAAAAGCUCAACCUACAUGAGGAGGAACAUGUGCUGCUGAUGGCCAUUUGCCUGCUGUCUCCAGACCGGCCUGGGGUGCAGGACCACGAGCGAGUGGAAGCGUUGCAGGACAGGUUAUCUGAGGUUCUGCAGGCGUAUAUCCGUGCGCAUCACCCGGGGGGGCGUCUGCUCUACGCUAAGAUGAUCCAGAAGCUGGCGGACCUCCGCAGCCUGAACGAAGAGCACUCCAAACAGUACCGUUCCCUUUCUUUCCAGCCCGAACACAGCAUGCAGCUGACCCCUCUGGUGCUGGAGGUGUUCGGUGGACAGGUCACUUAGCAAGUUCACCCAAGUCGGAGCAAGACAUGCGGGUCAAACAGUGUGACCCGGAGGAUUGUGGAGUGGAGUGAAUGUACGGACAAUCACCUUAAAAUGCAUACAGAAUUUCCAGGAUGAAGUUUGUGUGUGUGUGUGUGUGUGUGUAAGUGUAUCCCUCAUCAUUUACCGAUCGGCUAGGGAGUGCCAUAGAUGUUAUAUGUAAGGAAGACAUUCUCAUGAGAAUGUAAUAUGGUCAUGAUGUUUUUCACUGUGGCAACUCAUUACAGUAUAUUUUACUGUAGUAUCAAUAGCCAACAGUAUUACACUGCAUGUGUAAGAUGAGUGUGUGAGCGUGCGGUCCUGUUCUAAACCUCUGCAUGGUCCCCAAAGCGCUGUCCACAACUGCUGAUGUCCUGUCUCUUCACCUCCUGCCUUUAAAUGCACAGGGUUUAAAGUACUAAUGCAAGCACACAGCUCUAACUCACCCCUCGCCUAGCCACUUAACCAAUCAAACGGCAGCUCUGCACCAUUUUCCUCUGCCUCCAGAGCUCUGAUAGGUCGCUGAACAAUGGCUGUCUUCUCUCCUGUUAUUUGCCUGUGCAGUGAUUGGCCAAUAACCUUACGCCUCCGCAAAGUGGUCAGUGCAGCAUUAGCGCUCGCCACGCAGCUAACCUGUAAAUAAGACUCAGUAUCUAUAUUCGUAACUUUUCAAAUCAGUGUAAAUAGAGUUUGAUAUAAGCGCUUCUUGUGGCUAAUGGUAGAAUCUAGCAGAGGGAGACCCUGCAGCCCUGGCUGGUUAUAAUGAAUAAGUAAACAAAGACUACGAUCUAACUGCGUUUAUAAAAACAUACAGGAAGUGGAAUCAUGAAUUACAUUUUAAAAAACAGCUUUACCUCCGUUCUUUACUGUAUAUUGUCGUAAAGUCCUGUAGGUUACAUAUUUCUCAAAUCUUUCAUUCUAUCAUUCAUAGUUUUUUUUUUGUGGGGGGGGGGGGGGGGGGUUAGUUCAACUAAAUAUUUUUUUUUUCAACGUUUUACCCUUCGUUAUCCACCUUUUUUUUCUUUUUCUAAUGACACCACUAACAAAAUCCUGAAUGCUUUUUUUUUAUCAUGAAUUUAGUUUAUUUAAUUUUUUUAUUUAUAGCACAUUUCACACAAGCAAGUUACACAGCUAAAAUACAAAUGUCUGAGUCAUAUUUCAACCCAAAUGAAAAGAAUUUCCCCAGAUGUAAUUUUAAUUACUCUAAUAUGACAAUGGAUAUUACAAUUAUAUAUUAUUUACAUUUUAAAUAAUAUAUAUAUAUUUUCUCCUAAUAUUAAAUUAAUGAGGUUUUUUUUUUCACAUUAUGGUAUUCAAAAAUAGUGGGAAAACAUUCUUAAUAAAUAAGAUGAAUUGGAAUACUUAAAAAAAAAUCAUAGUUUCAUAAUUUGGAGUGAAUUAUGACCUAUGAACUGUUGUAUCUUCCUGACAGGUUGAGGGAGAUUCAUCUAAUAACUGUUUGUUUUGCUUUGUGAGAUAAUACUACAUUACAUUUUUAAAGUAACUAAAAGCAGCAUGCUGGGUAAUUUAUGAUUUAAAUUUUUGUCAUCUGUAACUGUGGUGUUACAUGCUUCCUGAGUAUAUUUGAUAUUUUGUUGGCACAGGGAAGUUCUUCAAUGCAUAUUCUGAUUACAGCAUAACACAACUCAGCAUGUUCUUCUCUUAUGCUGGUUGUUAUUAUCUAAACAGUAAUAAUUAUCUAAACAUGUCGGGCAUGGUAUAAACCGUGUUAAUAUCAAAUUAGCCACUGCCUGCAUUGUGUCCUCUAAAACAAACAUAACUGCCUUAGCUUGGCCUCAGCUGUUCACAGUUAUUCACUUUGAUCUUUUUAUGCUUUUUAAUUAUGUAAGAGUCAUUUUCUCUACUGUGUAAAAUAUCUGUAAGUGAUAUUUGCGAGACUGUCGUCAAGGGCUCCUUGAGACGCAAUAUAGGGCUGAUGCUUACAGAGCGCUAUCACUGUUGCUUUAUUUAUCUUGUUCUCUUGGUUUCUCCACAAGCUUUUUUUUAAUCACGUCUGAUUCGUAUGAAUCUUCUUCUGAGUCAGGGCUCAGGGUCAUUAGGAAAAACUUUUCUGUGGUAUGAGAUUUAAUCAGUUUAAUGAAGAUUGUCUGUAGGUGUGAGUUUGGCGUCAGAACUGGGUCGAACGAUUUAAUGAUCAUGUAAGCUGAAUUUAACUACCUGGAAACUGCGGUCGCUCGGAAAGGAGAGCGCAGUGCGUGUCUGUGUCUGUGGAAGCGUGUGUUUAUGAAGUGAGGGCAAUGUAUAGCAUUUACCUAUACACCAAGUAUAUUCAUAUAUAAUUGGGUGUCGCAUAAUUGGCCCAGCCUUGAUGGGAAUGUGUGUUUGUGUGAGAAGGUUAUCGUUUCCUCAUUAUAUUACUAUUCAAAUAACUUAGUCAUGGCACUUAAGAUUAAAUGACAUGGAAGGUUUGCUAUAUAUAUCUAUGAGUAUUACUUUGCAAAUGUAAAAGAUUAAAAUAUUUUCUUGUAGACUAGUUUUGAUAUUCUGGUAUCAGUGUACAGGUGGUGGCACAGGGCAGAGGGUUGUUUCUUUAUGUGUGGGUAGGUAUACAAAUGUCGGAAAGUAUGAUUGAAUGCUAACCUCCUGCCCAGUGCGGGCAUAUUAUAUAUAUAUAUAUAUAUAUAUAUAUAUAUAUAUAUAUAUAUAUAUAUAUAUAUAUAUAUAUAUAUAUAUAUAUAUAUAUAUAUAUAUAUAUAUAUAUAUAUAUAUAUAUACACACACAUUUCUUUCAUGAUCGUAUUGCUCUCAUUCAACUGUCUGUUUUAUCGUUUUCAUGCCUUCUGUCUAUUCUAAGCUGCUCAGUACUUUGUGGGAUGAGGGCGUACACUCAAUUUUGAACUGGAAAACUAUGAAAUCUUCCAGUCUUGAGCAUUGUUGUAAUCAUUCACUCACUUGUUUCAUUCUGAUUUCAUGAAGAACGAGUGAGAAUAUCCCUGCAGCACUUACCAUAAAUAUAGAUCAGACAAACCAGGACAACAUGUCACAUUUAAACAGCUGCGAAAUAUACAGUAUGCAUGGUGAUGAUGAUGAUGAUGAUGAUGAUGAUGAUGGCGAGACAUAAGAAAGACGAAGAUGAAAUUGAUGUUGGUCUCUUUUCCGAGUCCAAAAUGUAACCAUAACAAACUACCUCUCUGGGGAACAGACACAUUUGAUUUGUAUUUUUUUUAUGAUUCAUGUUUGUAUUUAUUGCUGUGCAGUGGCUCACAUGGACAACCCAGUACCUCAUGUAUGAAUAUCACUUAACAACAAAGACGCCUUAACAGCUGUUAUAUCAGAAUUUUUUUUUUUUAGAAUAAUAUUAUGUGUGUGUACAGUAUUUGUAUCCUUAGCUUUCUUCAACAUGCUGAAACAUUCACAUACACGGACAGACAACCUUCACAAGAAAGCUGAAAGCUGUUAAGGUGUGGUCACUUCCAUGAUUGACAGUGUUCAGUUGCUGCUGGGAUUGGUUGGCCAUCCUCAGGCCCCUCCCCUUCUUUAUUCUGACUGCUCAGUUGGAUUUUGCUGCUCCGCAAAAAUAACUACACAAAACCUGUCAGAGCAUGGCCUUCUCUCUUUUUCUCUUUUUAAACGGUGAUGUGUCAAGCGGACAUCAUCUACUCUGCAAAUCACACUUGCUCAAACUUUACCUCAUACAAAAACGCAUAUACACUCUACAGUCAAUACCUCAGCCAGGUCAAUCCUAAAAUGGAGUAGAUGAUGCUUUCCAAUUGAUGAUCGAGUCAUCCGUGACAAAGAGGAAAAUGAAGAGAGACAUGCUCUUUACCUCUCUUCUUCUGCCUGGUCACCAUUGGACAGGAGAUCAAUAGAAAGUUUGUGGCACUAAAUGGCUCAUAAGUGCAGAAGCACUUCUGUCUCUGAGUGAAUGGGUACCAUAAGGAAAACUGUAAUACAAAUGCUAGCUGUUUACUGAGGCUAAAAGUAGAAUGCCUGCUUACCAGGACAAAACCAGUUGAAUAUGACCAUUCAUGAAACGGUUAAAAUUGCCUGUUUUGUUUUCUUUCUUUCGUUUUUCUUUUUUUUUGUUUUACAUCAUAAAGUAUUGUAAAUUCAUGUUCCUGAUUUCAUGUAAUAUUGGUCAAAUGUUUUACAAAUCAAUAAAAAAAUAUAAUAAUAAA